AUGCCCAAGCGCCAACUCGAAGCCAGGCGCGGACACGAAAUGAACCAAGAAGUCACUCAGAUCAAUAGUGACAUCGAGCUCCUGGCAGCCAUGAAGGAUCUCAUGAACGAGAAGGCCGCUACCGAGAGCACUCUAUCCGAGACCACCGAGAAGCUGAACGCGAGCAUAAUCCUAGCACAAGACCGUUCGAAGGACGUCACUCGCCCGAUCAUGACGACUACCGAGAAAGGCAGCAGCCUCCGCGAUGUCCAAAAUGGCGUCCAAGGUCUCCAAGACAAGCUUCGUGAGGCUGAGAGAGCCCAAAAGGAAGCGACCAAGAACCUCGAGAUUGCUCAAAAUACCGUCAGCAGGCGCGACAACCGUAUCCUAAAACUCGAGGCAAGUCUCAACGCUCACAUUCGAAAGGCGGCAGAGAUGUCCAAGGAACGCAAAACGGCUAUCGACAUCGCGAACAAGAAAGCCGAGAAGUCUUCCAAUGACAUCCGCGAGCUCCAGAGACGACUCCAAGAUGCUACCAACAUGUGCAAGAAGCGUGACGACACUCUAAAGACAGCACACAAGGAGGCCAAGACGGCAGCCAACACUAUCCUGGAGCUUCAGCAGCAGCUAGAGAGCGCCGAGAAAUUGACUUCACAACAACAAGAAUCCGAGAGCAACUUUGAGGAGCUCUACUACGCCGAGAAACUGAAGUCCAUCCGAGCCCGUCGCAGUACCGCCAAGUACAAGGCCGACGCUGAUCGUCUUCCAGCUGCCACCGCAAGAAUCGAAGAGCUGAUCGAGCGCAAUAACGGCUAUGUUGCUGCCCAGAAGACCCUGAGGGAGACUUUCAAGCGCCAAGACGAGCAGCUCGCAUACUUCGACCUAGGCGGCUAG